CUUUGAAAAGAUCCACCUCAUACAGACGGAAGAGUCGCUGCUGAAAAGUUGCGCAAAUUUCCUCUUUAGUGCAAACUUUUGCUGCACUUCCUCAAACUGAUUCAUAAUCCUGUCUUCACAGCAGAAUAUGGUUCGGAUUUAUUGGAGACCUAAACAACAUUUAUUUUUAUUUUUAUGCAUGUAUCUGCCUUGUUGAAGGUGAGCCGUUUUCUUCAGGAAUAUAUAAUAAUCAGUUUUUAUCAUAACUAAUCAAAAUGACGCUGAGCUCGGUGGGGGCUUGCUGCCUCAGUCCGGAGGCCAAGGAGGCUCGGAGGAUCAACGCUGAGAUCGAGAGGCAGCUCCGGAAGGACAAGAGGAAGUCUGAACGGGAAUAUAAACUCCUGCUGUUGGGCACGGGCGAAAGCGGAAAGAGCACUUUCAUUAAACAGAUGAGGAUCAUUCACGGCCGGGGAUACUCAGAGGAGGACAGGAGAGCCUUCACCAGACUGGUCUACCAGAACAUCUUCACAGCUAUGCAGGCCAUGAUCCAAGCCAUGAACACGUUACAGAUCCCCUACAAAUAUGAACACAACAAGGCCAGUGCCGUCAUGGUCAGCAGGGUUGAUGUGGAAAAGAUGACAACAUUAACAAACCCUUAUGUGGAUGCCUUGAAGAGCCUGUGGAGCGACCCGGGGAUUCAGGAAUGUUACAGCCGGAGGAGGGAAUACCAGCUCCCAGAUUCAGCCAAGUACUAUCUGAGUGAUUUGGCUCGCAUCGCUGAGUCUUCUUAUGUGCCGACCCAGCAAGACGUCCUGAGGGUUCGAGUUCCCACGACAGGUAUAACCGAGUACCCGUUUGACCUGGAGAGCUCGGUGUUCAGGAUUGUGGAUGUUGGAGGCCAGCGUUCUGAGAGGAGGAAGUGGAUCCACUGUUUUGAGAAAGUCACGUCCAUCAUGUUCCUGGUGGCUCUCAGCGAGUAUGAUCAGGUCCUCGCUGAGUCCAGCAACGAGGUGAGAAGCAGGCCUACAAAACAAUUAUUUCCUUUUUACAAUAUCUUUUUAUUUCUGUGCAUGGGAUGAGAAAGAGGCUCCCUUUGGAAUGAUAAAAACAAAUCCCAGUGAGGGACACAAAAGGGAGAUUGUUUCUUUUGUUCAAAGCCAAACGCGUUAGGAGGAAAUGAUGACCCAGAUUUCUGCAGAGUCCAGCACCAGCCCGAUCU